AUGAACAAGACAACGUUUCCCAAGUCCUGCCAUGCCCACUGGGACUGCUCCAAAGGAGCUUCGGCUUUCAGCUUAUUAGAAGCGUGUCUCGAUGCAUGGGUAUCCUGGCAAUCCAAAAUCACCAAAAACGAUGGAACCAUGUUUCUCGAAGAAGAGGCGCUCCAGGAUCUGACUGCCAUGCUACAAACGAUUGCUCCCUCGGAUCAAGCCAUUCAUGUUGUAGUGGAGAAGAGCUCUACUACUACACGCAGUGGCAUGAAGGAUGGUGGUGAUUGCAAAUCUUGGUUUGAUUUUAUUAUUUUUACGGAUGAUAAUGAUGAUGAUGAUAACAGUGCUGGUCCAGACCUUUCUUUGGAAAAGGCACGGUCUACCUUGGAGACCAGUCGAUUGCCAGAACGAAUUCAAAAACAAGCUUUGGCCGUGGUGGGACUGCGAGAAAAGGCCAACUUCCAGCACAGGACACCAAAACACAGUCAGUCAGGUACAAGACAAGAAGAGGAAUCCAACUUUUUAUUCCUGCUCGUGGGGAUACUACAUCUGUGGGAAAAAUUGCCCAUUGUGAUGGGCCAAUCUUCGACGGCGGUAUCUCUGAGCCCGCUUCCUUGCGAGGAUGCUGAUGGUGAAACACUCCAAUUACUUAUUGGAUUACCCACAAAUCCACAAGGGAAAGGACUGGUCACCCCCACGGCAGUGGCCAUUUUGAAUACCCUUUGUCCUUCAACAUCACCACCAGCUCUAAACCCGACAAUGACAUUGCAAGCGGUUGGCAUGGGGGCGGUGGAUUCUUCCAACUUUGUCCGCCUUUUGUUGGGCCCAAUGAUUCAUCGGCAGCCUAGUAGUACUCAAGCAACAGUCGCGGCAGAAGAAACCACAUUGCCAUGGAAACAAGAUUCUCUGAUUCACAUGGAAUCCAAUCUAGAUGACAUUACCGCCGAAUCAUUGGCAUUUGCCAUUGAACUGUUGCUGAAGAAUCAAGCUGUGGAUGCCUGGGUCACACCGAUUGUCAUGAAAAAGGGACGUUCCGCUCAUACGCUGCAUUGUCUGUGCCGCAGUGAAGCACAAUCCCUCCCGAGCUUACGGCGCGGCAGUAGCGACAAUACGACGACGACAACGCCCGCGUGGGAAAAGCUCCUACAGCUAAUGUUCCGACACACGACAACCCUGGGGGUGCGGAUCCAACGGGAUGUGGAACGCAUUGCCUUGCAUCGGUCGGUCGUCACGGCGCAAACAUCCUACGUCGACACCAGUCGAGAAGGCCAAGUCGACGUCAAGAUUGGGUACAUGGGUGGACCCAACCAUAAUAAUACCAAUGUCGUCUCGGUCAAGGCCGAGUUUGAUCACUGUCGGGAUAUCUCGCUAGAGACGGGUAUUCCGAUUCAACAAGUGGCAGCCGAAGCGGUCCAUAUUGCCUACACCAAUAUUAAUAAGAUGGAUGCUGGAGCAUGA